AUGAGCUCUUCAAUGCCAACUGAUGAAGAAGAUGCUUGGGAAGUUCCAGGUACAGCAUUGAAUCUCUUGGUGAAGAAGGAGAAAGAUGAUGAUGAUAAGACUCAGCCUCCUAGCCCAGUGAUGGAAGAUAUAGAAGAGGAACCAUUGGAGGUUGAGCAGAAGUCAUUGCUUGACCUGGUAGCUUCAUUGCCUGAAAACACCAUUGAAGAGAAAAUGGAUGUAGACAGCUUGGGCAAGCUACUGGUGGAGGAGAUUGAGAAGUACAAGAAGGCAAUGGGGAUUGCUGUCAAAGAGGAAAAGGAUGAGGAUGCAGUGAAGGACAAGACUGACAAGGAAAUUACUGAGAUGAAAAAAGAGCCAAUGGAGAAGAGAAAAUUGCCCAUGCCUACAUGGCAAAGCAAAAAGCCCAAGAAUGAUGAUCCCAAAGAUUCACUGGCACCUCCACCACCACCUCCAACUACUACAAGGCGUACUGAUGUGGGGCAUAGAAGUGGAAACUUAAAUAAACUUGCCCUACUGUUGGCCCACCUGGAGCUGGGGAACUGGACAGAAGUGUGGCGCUUGCACCGAGUGUAUCUCAACUGCAUUUAA